GGCAUAACGCCUUACCAGUUGAACAUUUCUCCCUUCUUUUUUUUGUUUACGUUUGCACCGCAAAAAUUCGUGCAACUGCACUCGCAACAUUUUCUGUCGCAACGUCUGCCGGCGUCGAGGGCUGCUGCAGUAAUAAAGUGCGCCAACGGAAGGAAGUGCAGGCGGUUUCUCUGCCGAUUUUACAUUUUCCGUUCUUUAAUGAACAAAGUUCCAUUCUUUUUUUUUUUAUUCCUCUUCAUUCUACGGCGCCUGCUUUGAUCAGCAGUUUAGUGUGUAGUUCUUUUGUCUCGCUUGCACUAAAGGCGGUAAAAUAGAACAAAAAAAAAACUGCCCGGCAUUAGAGAGAGGCAAGAGAGAGAGAGAGAGGAAGAUGCGCGUAAGCAACAUUCGCAGUGGACGGAUCUGCCGGUUGGCCCUGUGCCUCCUGGUCAUCCUGCCGCUACUGUAUCUUUUGGCCAACUGGAGCGACCAUCACAAGCGGGUCCAGGAGGCCUAUCACACCCGCUUCGGUGGCCCCAAGUUCGCCCACCAGCGACUGGAGGGCAGGCCCAAGGAGACCCCCAAACUGGUCGAGGGAUUGGGUAACUUUGAGCCCAAGGAUCUGAAGCCAAGGACUGGACCUGGAGAGAAUGGCGAGGCCCACAACCUGUCCAAGGACAAGAAGAACAAGGCCGACGCCUCCGAAAUGGAGUACGGGAUGAACAUCGCCUGCUCCGACGAGAUCUCCAUGCACCGGACGGUGAAGGAUACCCGGCUGGAGGAGUGCCGCCACUGGGACUAUCCCUACGAUCUGCCCAAGACCAGUGUCAUCAUUGUCUUCCACAACGAGGGCUUCUCCGUUCUGAUGCGAACCGUUCACUCGGUCAUAGAUCGCUCCCCCAGUCAUAUUCUCCAUGAGAUCAUCCUGGUGGAUGACUUCUCCGACAAGGAGAACCUCGGCAAUCAGCUGGACAAGUAUGUGGAGCAGUUCAAGGGCCUCGUCAAGGUCAUUAGGAACAAGGAGCGCGAGGGUCUCAUCCGGACGAGAUCAAGGGGCGCCACUGAGGCCACUGGCGAGGUCAUCGUCUUCCUGGACGCCCAUUGCGAGGUGAACCUCAACUGGCUGGCACCCCUCCUGGCGCCCAUCUACCGCGAUCGGACCGUGAUGACAGUUCCCAUUAUCGAUGGGAUCGAUCACAAGAACUUCGAAUACCGUCCGGUUUAUGGAACGGAGACCCACUUCCGUGGCAUCUUCGAGUGGGGCAUGCUCUACAAAGAGAACGAAGUGCCGCGUCGGGAGCAACGUCGGAGGAGUCACAAUUCCGAGCCAUAUAGAAGUCCCACCCAUGCCGGCGGUCUGUUUGCCAUCAACCGGGAGUACUUCCUGGAACUGGGUGCCUAUGAUCCCGGCCUGCUCGUCUGGGGCGGUGAGAACUUCGAGCUGAGCUUCAAGAUCUGGCAGUGCGGUGGGAGUAUCGAGUGGGUGCCCUGCUCCCGGGUGGGACAUGUCUAUCGCGGAUUUAUGCCCUACAACUUCGGGAAGCUGGCCAGCAAAAAGAAGGGUCCACUGAUCACCAUCAACUAUAAGAGAGUGAUCGAGACCUGGUUCGAUGACACGCACAAGGAGUACUUCUAUACGAGGGAGCCGCUGGCCCGCUACCUGGACAUGGGCGACAUCAGUGAGCAGCUGGCCCUGAAGAAGCGUCUCAACUGCAAGAGCUUCCAGUGGUUCAUGGAUCACAUCGCCUACGAUGUGUAUGACAAGUUCCCGGGUCUUCCGGCCAACCUGCAUUGGGGUGAACUGCGUUCCGUGGCCUCGGAUGGGUGUCUGGACUCGAUGGGCCUCCAGCCGCCGGCUAUCAUGGGUCUGACCUACUGUCAUGGCGGUGGAAACAAUCAGCUGGUGAGACUGAAUGCCGCCGGGCAGCUGGGCGUUGGGGAGCGGUGCGUGGAGGCGGAUCGGCAGGGCAUUAAGUUGGCUGUCUGCCGGCUGGGUACUGUGGACGGUCCCUGGCAGUAUAAUGAGCACACCAAGCACCUGAUGCACCGCGUCCACAAGAAGUGCAUGGCCCUGCAUCCGGUCACCCAGCAACUGGCCCUGGGACACUGCGAUGUCAACGAUAGCUACCAGCAGUGGUGGUUCAAGGAGAUACGUCCGCGCUGGUAAGUCCUGGAGGGAGCAGGGAGGGCACGAAGGCACACAGGAUGUCAUCACAAGGAUGAAGAGAUCAUCAAGGGUUUCAGCCGGGGGCGCCAACGGGGGGGCGAUAUUUUAGACAAAAAAAAAAAAAAAACAAAAAACAACAGAAAACAAAAAACUUAAAAACAAAAAAGCAAUUUAGUGAAAAUGAGAAAUGAUUAAUGGAAUUGUUGUUGGUUUUUGUAACGCAAUACGACUAUAUAUAUACAACAAAAAAAAAAACAUAAAAACAAAAAAUCAUAAAAACAAAAAAUAUAAAAAAUAAACAGAUAAAAAAAAGAAUCAUUAAAAAAUAAUAUUUAAAAUUAAGAAAACAAGCACAGACCGGAGGCAGGGGCAUGGAAAUACUUUUCAAGGCUCUCUUCCUCUCUCUCUCUCUAUCAAGGACAUUAAAUGUCCUUAAGGAAGAUAUUAAAAAUUAACACCAGAAAGCUCCCUAAAGAUAUUCUAAAUUAAAAGUAUAAUUUUAAAAUAUGUAAAAAUUAUUUAGAGAGAAAAAUUUAAGAGAUCGUUUUGGAAAAAUUUAGUCCAUGAUAUUUUAUUCCAAAUUUUAAAUUAAAAACUAUAAAUUUUAGAAUAAAAAUUACUAAAAAACAAUAAAAUCUUUAAAUAUUGUUUUUAAAUUAGAAAAUUACUUUAAAAAACUCUCUUUUUCAAAAAACAAAAUUUUAAUAAUAUUCUAAUAUAAAUUUUAUUAAAAAAGACUAAAAAACAUAAAAAACAAUCACACAAACUUAAAAUAUUUUUUUACAUAAGAAAAUUACUUUAAAAAAUAUCUAUAAAAACCAUUUUAAUAUUUAAAAAACAAAAUUUUAAUACUUUUAUUAAAUUUUAGUUAAAAAAUGACAAAAAACAUUAAAAAAUAUCAAGAAAUCCUUAAAUUUUUUUUUAAAUAAGAAAAUAACUUUAAAAAAAACUCUCUAAAAACCAUUAUACUAUUUUUAAAAAAACAAAAUUUUAAUAAUAAUCUUUAUUUUUUAUAAUUUUUUUUUAGAGAAUCUCAUGGUAAAAAGGAAUAACUCUACGACCCCCUCUAUAUAGAGUAUAGUAUUUCCAUGACCCUCCCCCCCCAUGACCCCACAUACAUGUAUGCCUCCCGUUUGUGCCGAUGAGUGAGAUAGAGAGAGAGUGCGUUAGUUGUAGAAACGAAUGCGAAAGAGAUGGCGAGUGCAAUAGCCGAAUAAAUAAAUAGAUUGUUUUCCAUUUUGCUUUAUGAUUGCCACCCCUAACCACAAAUCAAUGUACUAACUUUAGUCCCUACAUCUAAGUACUUCCCACUAAAGCUGCCACAUUCCAAUUUCUUCUUUUUUUUCCAAAAAUUUUAUUUAAAAUUUCGACAAAAAAAAAAUGGGAAAAAUGGAAAAGCGAAGCUCAAAAUAAUCCCAUAAUAUAUAUAUAUAUAUUUUUUAAACUAUUA